AUGUUCAAGAUAUUCAAAGGAAAGGAUAAAGACAGCAGUGUUUCAUUCAAGAACAACUUUAGACCAAAGAAGCACCCAGCUGGUACUACAAGAUACACUUUGAGAAAGAGUUGGAAGGCUGGUUUGCUCAAUGGCACCAUGAUCAAGGACUCUGUCAAGUGUCCACAAGGAGAAGACGAAAAUGAUUGGGUUGCCAUCCACACUAUCGAAAUCUACAACACUGUCAACUACUGUUAUGCUUUUGUUCAAGAUUUUUGUACUGAUCAAACAUGUCCAAAGAUGACUGGUAACAAAGCUACUUAUUUAUGGUCAGAUGGUAAAGAUAAACCACAAGAGUUACCAGCAAAAAAGUAUAUCGAUAAUUUAAGCAAUUGGAUUGCUGAUCAAAUUGAUAAUACCGAUAUUUUCCCAAUUGGUGAUAGUUAUAGCAAACAAUUUAAACCAGCUGUUAAGAAAAUCCUUAGUAGAAUCUUACGUGUAUAUUCACAUAUUUACCAUGAACAUUGGAGCCAAAUUAAAUCGGUUGGUGCUGAUAAGCAUAUUAAUACUUCACUCAAAUACUUCCAUUGCUUUGUAUUAGAGUUUGGACUUGUCGAUGAUACUGAUCUUGGUUUGAUGAAGAAUGUUUUCGAUUCCUUAUAA